AUGGGAGAAUUUUGUACUCUCUCUCUCUCUCUCUCUCUCUCUCUCUCUCUCUCUCUCUCUCUCAUACAACCUUUCCUUCUCUCUUAUCUACCUAUCUUUCUAUCUAUCAACCACUCUAUCUUUCUAUUUAAAAGAAAAGGGGAUAAUUUCUACCCCCCUCUCUCUCCUCUCUCUCUCUCUCUCUCUCUCUCUCUCUCUCUCUCUCUCUCUUUCUUGAACUUUUUCUCUUACAGAGUUUACUGCGAGCUGUACAAGAUAUUUUCUUUGUAUAUUCUUCGGACACCACUGUCCCCCAUUCGCAAUAAACCUCCUCAUCAAAUACCCCUUCCCAAUACCACUGCAGCCGAUGACAUUUCUACUCCUCCCAACACCCCAUUUUACACCAGCACAAUGCCCAGUAAAUCCCCAACGCCCAGAACCUCCCAGCAGAGUUCUUCUUCUCGGACAUUAGCCGAAAAUUCCCCACGGUCACUGAAUUCUUGGAUCGACCUGCUGCUCCAAUCACCAACAAAGAUACGACUGUCUUCGUCGCCGGCGACGAUGGAUGAAAGAUCCAGCCGGCCAACGUCCUUUUAUAAUGGAGCAAACGAUUGGUGGAGCCGCGCAGAAAGCUCAGCUCUUACCAACCUAAAUCCACAGACGACGUCCGCAUCGUCGGCAUCGUCCGUCAACAAAUGUCGCAAGGUGUGGCGCCAGAUCGUCACCUUCUUCAAAAGGCUUUCUCUCUCUUUGAGGGAGCGGCGCCAUUUUCUCUAG